UUGUCUCACAAAAAAUUAACCCUUCUCAAAAUUUUAAACGAAGAUCGAAGUGAGUCAUUUUAUUUCCGCUGUUUAGUUUAUUUUGAUCAUAAAUUUUUGACCAAAACAAGUUUCUUUGUCUUUUCUUAUCAUAUUGACGAAGGUCAUUUUACUAUUUAUAAAUAUCACAGUUUUUUCCUAUCUUCAGAUCUCUUUUACACCAUGAAUUUCACACUUCUAUCAAUCGCAUUAUUUUGUGCUCUAAUUGCUCCAACAUUUUCUGUAUUCACUCAAUCAACUGGUGUCAAAGGAACUUUGAUGUGUGGUGAUAAACCAUUGGCAAAUGCUAAAGUUAAAUUAUAUGAUGAUGAUACUGGACCAGAUCUUGAUGAUUUGUUAGCUGAAGGAACAACUGAUUCUUUGGGACAAUUUUUAUUACAAGGACAUACUUCGGAAGUUAUGACAAUUGAUCCAAAAUUGAAUAUUUAUCAUGAUUGCGACGAUGGAAUUAAAGUUAGUUUUUCACAUAUUAAAAAAAAUUUUCUUUAGAGUUUCAGAAUACUUAUUUCUCACGUCAGAACUAAUCCAAUUAUUUUCAGCCUUGCCAACGUAAAGUAACUUUCAACAUUCCAAAAUCAUUUGUGUCAAAUGGCGAAACACCAAAACAAUUCUUCAAUAUCGGACAAAUCAAUAUGCAAAUCGAAUUUGAAUCCGAAUCAAGAGAUUGUGUUCAUUAA